UAAAACGCUACCUGGAUGAAACACGUUCCCACAAAGUCGUUGUUAAACACAAAUACUCUCUGUUUCUCUUCUCUUCUUCUUCUUCUUCUUCUUCUUCUCUUCAAAUCAAAAUUCAAAACGCUGCGUUUCAUUCUUUCAUUCAAUCACUCUCCGGCGACGCCAUGGCCAUCGCCGCCGGUCACCAGAAACCUACUUCCGACGCCAGCCUCUUCCGCCUCUGUUGGAGCUCCGGUAACGUACAGAAUCAAACCCAAGGAAACGCUCAAAAAUCACCGAAAACGGUGUCUUCUGUAGCAAGGUCAUUGUUGCUACCUCCCCGGCGUAGACUCCGUCUUGAUCCUUCCAAUCACCUCUACUUUCCAUAUGAACCGGGUAAGCAGGUUAGGAGUGCUGUUCGAUUAAAAAACACUAGCAAGUCUCAUGUUGCUUUCAAGUUUCAAACUACGGCGCCAAAGAGUUGUUACAUGCGGCCUCCUGGUGGCAUUCUUGCUCCUGGAGAAAGCGUGAUUGCAGCUGUGUUUAAAUUUGUGGAACAACCUGAAAACAAUGAAAAGCUGUCAAAUCAGAAGAACAAGGUCAAGUUCAAAAUCAUGAGUCUCAAAGUGAAAUUAGGGGUGGACUAUGUGCCCGAGCUGUUUGAUGAACAAAGGGAUCUAGUUACAGUGGAGCGAAUCUUGGGAGUUGUAUUUUUAGAUCCAGAACGGCCAAGUCCCGCCUUGGAAAAACUGAAAAGGCAGUUGGCUGAAGCUGAUGCCGCAGUUGAAGCUCGGAAGAAGCCUGCUGCGGAGACAGGUCCUCGAGUUGCUGCUGAAGGUCUUGUCAUUGAUGAAUGGAAAGAAAGAAGGGAAAAGUACCUGGCUCGGCAGCAAGUUCAAGCAGUAGAUACAGUGUAAAGCACAAUUUGUUUUUCUUGCUAGUGUUUUUCUUCAGAGAAUGAUAAAUCAAGAUGUUAUUGGUGUUGAUUUGUCGCCAUCAACCUUGGAUGCAAUUCAAGAUAUAACAUAGUCUGUUGAUAUAAUUGUCAAAGUUCUUGUUCUUUGGAUGAAAAGUCAUACAUGUAAAUAGUAGAGUUUGGUUGUUUGUAAAAUAAAUGCUAGUCUUCCCUGCCAUAUUUGAGAAAUAAUGCUAAAAUAACAUAUUAUUCAUGACCAUAUCAUUUUUUGUCGUGUAUUUUUGUUAUGAA